UCGCCCGUCCUUUUUAUACCGCAUUGCGUGCGUCUCGCUACCUGCGCAGCUAAGCUACCAUUUUGCGUGACAGACAGACAAACGGACGGACGGACGGACAGACAGACGUAUACGGGCAUUAUAAUAUAGACUAGUCGUUAGCCCGUCCUUUUUAUACCGCAUUGCGUGCUUCUCGCUAUUACUACCGAUAGGGAACUUGCGCAAACUCAAAUUUGACGGAUGACGGUACCUUUAAAGAUUGGGAAUAGCGAAUUGCUUUGGAAAUAACCACCCUGCAUAACUUCCCCGCGCCGUAUCCUUUUCUUGCCGACGUGAAAACCAUACGUAGGCACGUAAGAUACAGUGGUUGUGACCUAAGACUAUUUAUACAAUCAUUUCUUCAGGCACAAGUGCUUAGGGUGAAAAAAAUGUGCGGCAAAUAAAUGGUAAAGCAAAAAUGAAACUGACAAGCAUAAACAAAGUCAGAGAGAAAACUUCUUAAGCAUAAGCAGGAUGAAAAGAAUUGUUAUAAACAAAGAUAUACUGCAAAAAUUAUGCAAAUCUCUACCGUCACCUGGCGAAAGUUCUAGAGACAACACAGGACAAAGUUUUUUUAAAACAAAUUCGACUCCAACAGAUUUUAUAGUACAUGGGAGUGAUGGCAAAAAAGCUGUGGAAGAGUGGGAUAAAUUAUGUGCGAGUCAGACAUUGGGAUCAUCGUGCACAAUUACAAAACCAAAACAACAAAAAAACCCUAUUAUUUCAUCAGAAAAAGGUCAGACAUUGGGAUCAUCAGGUAACAUAACGAAAUCAAAAUUUCAACCGCCACAAAAACAACAACAAAAAAACACCAUCAGUUUAACAGAAAAGGGGUCUAGGUGGCAAGAGGGUGACUUACUGAUCCUGAUGAAGGAGAUAUCAGUAAGAAACCCCUUUCAAACAAAGAAAGGAUCACCGCAAAGAAGAAUGGCAUGGCAAGACAUUGCAGAAAAUUGCGAGAAGUCAAGCAUAACAAUUCCUGUUUCCGAAAGAGUGGUGAGAGAGAGGUUCCAGAUAGUAAAAGACAAGUUUUUAAGAAAAAUGAGGGCAGAAGAAAAAGGCAGUGGAAUCACAUGUACAUACAGUGAGUUGGAGCAGUUGAUGCAGGAUUUAAUUGAUUUAGAGUGCGACUGUGAGAAAGAAGCAACUGAGAGUAAAAAAGAAAACACAGAACAUGACCGCGAAAAAGCUAUAAAUAUAAGGAAAAGGUGUAUGGAAAGAAUGGGAGAUCCAGGAAAAAGAAAAAAAAACAAGGAUAAUGACAGGAUGGAUUUUUUUAGAGAAAGGAAUGAAUCUAUGAUGAGAGAUAGAGAGGAGGAAAGGAAGCUGAGAAAGGCGGAAUUGGACUUAAGAAAGGAAGAGACUGGUUUAAUGAAAGACCAGCAGAAACUUUUUCAAGAUUCAUUACUGCAAAUGCAAGCUCAACAGAGCCAAAUGAUGCAGUUGCUGUUACAGAAACUUGAAAAAUAAAACGUUUAUGUAUUUUAUAAAGAAUUUAUGAAUUUGCUGUCCGUAAGCAUAUAAAUUAAUGCAGGAUAAAUUUUUGCGAUAUUAAUUUUUGCGAUUAAACGUCCAAAAAAAAAGAGUUUUACGGGAUUUAUUUUUGCGAAUUGAGCUCUCAGCAAGAAAAUAUACAUUUGCCUCAAUAUUGUUUCUUAGAAGAUUUGUGGCUAUAAAAAUAGCCGUUUUAAUUUCAAUCAUCCAGAUAAAUACGCUUCUAAUGUUGGGGGCUGGCAGUUAAAAAAUGUUGAUGUGCAAGAGCCAUAAAUACAGGUCCUUGCAUUACUUAAGAGAGCAGAUGCAAUAUACUGUUUUGAAACAGCACUUAAACCUAUCUUUUGCAUCUUUGAGUAGUCUGUAAAUUUGAAUCUUUCGAUAACAUCACCAAACACCCAUUCAACUGACACCCUGACUGAUGACAUGCGCUCAUUAUAAACACGUUCUUCUUCCAAUAGGGGAUUUUUAAAACCUGUUUGUAGCUGCUCCCUAUGAGGAUAUGCAGGGUCACCAUAAACACAUAAAACUGUGCCAUCAGGAGCAAUUGAAUAUCUUUGGAGAAUAUCCAUAAAGCCAGAUUGUGCAAGAAGGUAACAAUCAUGUCUCGAGCCUUCAAUUGGACCAAACAAAUUCGCAAUGAGACCAUUGGGAGUGGAAACAGAUUGCAUUUUGUAGCCAUGGUGUCUUUUAUGGCCACUGUACAUGGCUUUCUGAUCUGUACCUGGUCGUCGAGCAAUCCCCCUUAAAGUGCCAUCAAUAAAACCCCAACAGUUAUCAAGUGGGGCACCUUUUGCGUGUAUACAGUCUGCAAAAUCUUUCAAAGCAUCCUUUGACAACCACGCCUGAUUGAAUGAUGUGAGAAGUCGUCCAAAUCUAUUGUGUAUGAUAUCCAAAGUUCUGUUAAAUAUGUAGGACAUAUCAGGUACAGACCGCCCAAACCGUGGAAUAAGAUCUGAAAACCUACAUGGAAAGGCAAGGCGACGCAAAGUCAAACAUAAGGCCUCCAUUGGGUCUAUGGUCAACCGAUUUUCUGUUUUAACUCUUUCACCUGACAACCCUAGGGCAUCACACAAACGAAACAAAUCUGUCUUUCUAAAUCUAAAAUCUGCCCAACAUUCAUCAUCUGACCAAUUAUCAAGAGAAAAUUUAUCUUGCUCCCAAUAGGGAAACACAGGAUUUUUCUUUUUAUUUCGUGUUUCGUCAAGAAAAAAAAAAUAUUCUUCUUCAUCAAUGAAACCAUUCUCAAGUUGGAACAUUAACACAUCCUCCAUGUUUGUUUAACAAGUUUUAAAAAAUGUUUCGCGCCACCGUUCGCCACCUUUUGACUUUUGCGCAAGUUCGAUUGUAAACAUCAAAACGGACCGACGAUCGGGACCGAUUUCCGCGCCCCAGAGGCUCGUACGUUCGUAAAAUAGGGGUUUGCGCAAGUUCCCUAUUUUUCGUGACAGACCGACGGACGGACGGACAGACGUAUACGGGCAUUAUAAUAUAGAUUUUCUGGUGUUUUUGAAAUACUUAAUGUAAAUAAAUGUAUUUUUAUAAAUUAUGUAUUUAUAUAUGAAUAUAUUUAAAGAAAUCAUAAAAAAGGGAA